GCGGAUUUGAAACCCUAAAACACCCCAACGCAAAUCGAACUCGCUUCGCUUUACUUUUUCGCCAAAAGAAAAGAAAGCUCGCUCCGCUUCCGCCGCCGCCUAAAUCGAGACCAUGGACAGUGCCGCCUCCGUCGCGGGAGCGCCCCCGGCGGUGCCGCCCGCGGUGCUGUGCGCCGCCGAGGAGGCCCUGGCUGCCACCGAGUCCGUGGGGGACCACCUCGCCGAGAUGCUCGCCGCGGCGGCCGAGGACCCCGACGCCAUAGCCGAGCUCCCGCCCCUGCAACGGGCGCGCGCCUUCCUCGCCGUAGCCCACGCCGCGACCUCCCUCUUCUCAGUGCGGCUGCGGUGUUCGGGGAUAAAUCCGGACGAGCACCCUAUCAAGAAGGAGUUCGAGAGGUUAAGCCUGUGGCAGGAGAAGUUAAAUCGAUUGAACGAAUGGGACAAGGCACCACUGCGACCUUCCACCACCGUGAACACGCAAGCGGCUGCAAGGUUCAUUGGUCGUUCGUUGUCCCAUUUGACUGAUGACCAGAAGAGGGGCAUGCAGGCAAUCAGUAAAGGGGAAGGGGCGGGCUGGUCUGGGAGGAAGAGGAAGUCACAGCCACUGCCAGAGAGGAAGUCUGUUCGUGCUGCCGCGGAAGAGUUCCUCGCGAAGGCUUCUCAGGAGCUCAUUGGGUAUAAUGGUAGCGGGGUGAAGGGCCCUGUUAGAACUGUUUUUGAUGAAGACGAGGACUAGAUUGAUGUGUUGGUCUUAUCUCUUGUGCAGCUCUCAGGGAAACAGGAGCUCGGAAAAUCCGUCGCAGCGGGCGUGUGGCAAGUCUUCCUGGUCCUGACGGCCAAUGGUUUCUUCAGCGUGAAGCGAGGCUGGCCUCGUGUCAUUCUCAGGAUCGGAGACGGUUAGAAGAAAAGCUGUUGUGGGGAUAAGUCUCGUUAGCUGUAUGUAGCGUUGGACAUAUGUAUUUUUAGUGGUUGCUGUUGCUCGUUCGUUUUGAGAUGUUUGGAAGAAUAAUUUACCCCUGUGCGGGUCUUGUGUGCCAGAGGCACUUUUGUUACUCGAUCUGAGGUUUCGAAAAGCCUGUUUGUGCUGUGGCCGGUAAAACUUGCUCUGAGAUUCUCACGGGGUGUGCUUGGUAACCUGCACCGAAUUUAGCCCAUAUGUGACUGGGUUGGGUUUGGCUGAGUGAAUAUAGACCAAAACCAUGUUGUGUA